ACAAGAGAUAAGUAAGACACGUUGGUCGACCAAGAUGCAAUCCAUCGAUAAAAAUGACUUGUUUUGCCACGACAUGGACAACCAUAUUAUACUCACAUGGUGCGAAAUAAGAGGGUUUGGUUUAGCCACUCAUUUUUAUAUUAACUCGAACCUAAUUACGCCGUGUGAAAAGAUACUUAGACACAAAUAAAGUGCAUGUUAAGAUAUAAAAUAUAGAGGAGAGUGAAUAUUUUUGAAGACGUGACUUCCCUACCGUCGACAAAAAUGCCUCACAAAGUUGUGUUUAGAUGGUAAUGGUAUUGAAAUUUGAAUCAAAUUGUAUAACGAAACCGAAUGCCCAUGGCCCAUGAGUGGUUCACUGUAUAAGGACCAAAAUCCGCAUUUACAUAUUUGGACGGGCAGUACCAGCCUAGUGGGCCUGCAAGGCCCAGUUAACGGUCCAAGCUCCAAACUUCAAAACUCCAUCACACACAGCUUCAAAGAGUGUUCGAUUUGGUGGUGGGUUAGAAUUGGAUGGCAAAAUUAUAAUAGGCUCCGACUUCGGAGUAGUGCCCAGCUACUAGGUCUAUUAGUGGAUACUCAAAACCGUCAUCAUCACCGGCAGAAGGCCCGUUAAACAACUGUGAAGCCCAAACCGUUUUUGAAGUUGGCUUUCACUUUCACCAUAAAAACAUUUAAUCAACAAAAUAAAAACGCCCACCGUGGGGCUCGAACCCACGACCACAAGGUUAAGAGCCUUGCGCUCUACCAACUGAGCUAGACGGGCUUGUUGAAACUAUUGUUUUGAUUCUUGUUAAAUUACUUUCGGUGUCUAUUAUUGCAAAAAUAUCAAUAUUCAUUGAUCACAUCCCAAAUCUAAUCGGAGCAGUGGAAAACUCGAAUUCGAUAUAUUUUUGGUGUGUAUGGGUAAAUCUCAAAUUCGAAUAUUGCAGAUAAUGGAUGGACAUAGUUUUUUUCUCUAUCUAACUCGAACACGUCCGAUUAUACAUAUGUGUAUGUAUUUUAUCUAGAAUUAGUCUUUAUUUUUCUCAUUAUAUUUGAUAUUUUCAUAAACUUGUGUUCUUUUCGACUGAUUUUCUUAGGUCUAGUAAUUUAUUGUUAUACUUUCACUUAUAUAAUAUUUUCAUAUACGUCUAAUUGUUAACAUUAUUAUCGGGGUUAAUUGCAUGUAGGGCUGGCAUUUCGGUUGCCGGUUAGCGGGUAACCGUCGGUUACAACCGAAAACCGGCCGGUUACAAGCUAACCGAAAACCGACCGGUUACCUUGGCGGUCGGUGGUCGGCUGGGAAAAGGAAGGAGUCGGUUGACCGAGUAACCGACGGUGAUUAAUCGCGGUUAUCCGAUUAACCGACCCCAACCGAGACCCACCUAACCCUCCCAAAAUCUGUCCAUUAUCUCCUCCUCCACUCACAUAACCUUCCCCAAAACCUAGAUCUAAAACAAAACUCUCACCCCUUCGUCCACCUCGCCGCCGCCGUCGCCGCACCUCUGUCCACCUCGCCGCUACCGCACCACUGUCGCCGUCCACCUCGCCUCUGCCGUCGCGUCGCCGUCCUUGCACCUCGCCCUCCGCAUGCUUCCCAUCGCGGUAACCGCUGCGCCGCGCCGUACCUCUGCAUCUCCACCCUCCGACCCUGAAGACGACCCCAGCCCUCCACUCCGCCGUUCGCGUGCGCUCUCCCCUACUGGCUGCUUCUCCUCCUCGAAUCUCCAACCACGUCGGCUCGACGUCCGCGCGAACACGCUGCAGCCUCGCAAUGCAGGGGCUCCCGGUCUCCUUCGCCCCCUUCGCGGCCCGGGGAGAAGUGGUCUGGUGGCCACGACCUGCGUGCAGUCGACGUCGUUGAGGAUCGGCGAAGAGAAAGAAGGUGUGAGAAGAAGUGGUUUGGUGAGAGGAAGAAGGUGAGAGGAGGAGAUAAGGUUUGGUGGGUGUGAGAGGAGAAGUGGUCUGUGGUGGAAGGAAGGAGAGAGGAGGAGAUAAGGUUUGAGUGGUGCAGGAUUUUUGGUUUUUAUUUUUAAUUUUUUUUAAAGAAAAGGUAAUUUCUGGUUGGUCGGCUAACCGAGCCUAAAACCGAAACCGACCGGUCGGUUGGCCGGCUAACCGUGACCACUCUCACGGUCGAUGGUCGGCAGGUGUGCAGGGUGGCUCGGUUUAAUCGAUAACCGGGUUUUUGGUUUUCGGUUAAACCGAAACCGACCGGUUGACAGCCCUAAUUGCAUGGGUGGUCACUGUUAUUACAAAAAAACGUUCAUGUUUGGUCACUUGAAAUAUUUAAAUCCAUUCGUAGUCACUAAAAUUAGUAAAACCAUCCAAGUUUGGUCACUCUCCGUUAGUUUCCAUCAGUCUCCGUUAACGACGUCAACUUUUUGAUGACGUGGCUAACAGAAAAGUCUAGUCACCAAAAUUUAACCCCAAAAAUUAAAAAAUAUUGUCUGCCACAUCAGGUAAUUCAGCCCAACCAAUGACUCAAAUCCUAACCUAACUUAUUGACCCGCCAUCAACAAUCCAUCUUUGCACCUCUUCCUCUAGCUCCGCGCAUCCCCAAUCUCUAUUCUUCUUCCUCCGCUGCUUUUAAACCCGAUUCUCAAAAAUCCUCUAUUUCAAUUGGAACCAAAUUGAGCCCAAGAGACAUGAGUAGAUGAAGCGGCCAACGCCAUGAGUCUAUACUUUACAGAUCUGAAUGGGGUAGAUGAUUGGCUCACCGGAGAAGAUGAAUCGGCCAACAGAUUUGAAUGAGGAAGAUGAUUGGCUCGCUGGAUCCUCUGCUUCUUUUCGAUAAUGGAGGGGUAAGAAGAGGGGCUAGGCGGAUGGAGUCAGAGGGAGAAGAAUAGUGCUGGGGAGAGGAUCUCAAGCGAUGGGUGGGAGAAGAAAUUGAAAGGCAGUUACCCUGUUCUGGAGGUGGUGGUCAAUUUCAUCACAAUGACUUCUUCCUUCAUCUAUGAGUCUCUCCUUCACAACCCCUCUCUUGGGAUUUCAUCCACCCCAAAAAUUACCUCUGGUUUUCAUCUAUUCCACCUGGGAGAAACAAGAAAUUUGAUUAAUUGGGUAUUUGGGUGGAUAUACAGAGGCAAAGAGGUUGUCAGUGAUGGCGAAUAGAGAUAGAGAAGUGGUGUUUAGCCCGGGCUCCAAGGGUACAAGAAUUCACCGGCAUCCCCGCACCGCCCUUCUCCUCCGCGUCCCCUUACUCUCGCCUCGACCUCUUUGCCUCCUCCACCCUCAGGUCUGCCGUCGGAUCGACUACAUCUUUGAUUAUGAUAUUCUAGACGCUUGGCUGGUCGAUUUUGUCCAACUUGAGGAAAUGCGGCCGAUUCAAGCACCAUUCAGACCUGGUUGUCGAAGGGAAUGCAAGAAAAAUGAAGAACUAGAGUUCAG